GAUAAAUUAGGACAUGCCCAUGUCUUUUCUAUCAGGCACUAUUUAAUGUUUCUCCUAAUUUCCAAACGGGGCUACCGAAUUAAACCAAUAACCAAUAAACCGAAACUCGAGCCAGCUUUCACUUCCCAAGGAUCUAACCUGUGUUUGCCAAGCUUUUCCAUGGGUGAAGCAGACGUAUGAAAGUUGUCUGCUUGGAGAAUUCUAGCAUCCUCGUUGACCUGUACUGUGAGCAUGGCUGGUGAACUAGAAACCCUAGAAGAACUUUUAGUAAAGGAGGGAUCUUUAGUUUUGGAUGGAAAGGAUCUAAAGGUGGGUUCUGAUUUAUGCAUAGAAGAUGGUGUUUGCAGUAGUGAGGGUGUUACUAAGCUUAAUGGUGAUGUGGAUUCUGAUGGCUUAAAUAAGGAGGGUAAAGGUGUGAAUCCUACCGCAAGAGAAGGUGUUGGGGUUCUUGGUGAGGGUUCUCAAGUUGUGGGGUCCUUAGAAGGAAAGAGUGAGAAUGAAACUGCCGAAUUAGGUGGAAAUGAUGCCUACUUGAAAGCAUUAGAUGAGCAGAAGGAUAUUGAUGACAGGGAGGUAAAUAAAUCAGUGGAGAAAGAAGCAAUCAAUGAUGUUAAGGUUGAGUCAGAAGACAGACAAAGCAUUAAAGAGAAUGCUGGCAUUUCAGAGCAAGUUGAUUCGCAUGAAGAGCAGGAAAUUGAAGAUGAAAACUUUGAUGAUGCUGAACGGCAUAAAACAACGGGUAAAAAAGUCACAAAGCAUGUGUCAAAUAAGAAGAGCUCAGGAGUCAUUUUUCAGGCAAGUUAUCAGCUGCCAAUUGAAAAGGUAGGUGAGUUUUCUGUGUAUGAUUUGGUAUGGGGCAAGGUGAGAAGCCAUCCAUGGUGGCCGGGGCAGAUAUUUGAUCCCUCCGAUUCAUCUGUGGAGGCACAUAAGCAUUUAAAAAAGGACCGCUAUUUGGUUGCUUAUUUUGGGGAUAGAACAUUUGCCUGGAAUGAUUCGUCUCAGCUCAAGCCCUUUAGGAGUAAUUUCUCUAAUAUUGUAAAGCAGUGUAAUUCAGAUGUAUUUCAGAGUGCUGUAGAUUGUGCUUUGGAAGAAGCCUCAAGACGUGCAGAAUAUGGGUUAGCAUGUUCCUGCGUACCUGAAGAUACUCUUGACAAGAUUAAACUCCAGACUGUUGAAAACACUGGCAUUCAACAAGAACUAAGUUUCAUACGCAGAGUGGAUGAAUCUUUAAAUGCCGAAUCCUUUUCACCUGAGAACCUUUUGGAAUACUUGAAAACUCUGUCGGAGUUUCCCACUGGCAGCUUUGAUCGAUUGGAGCUCUUAAUUGCUAAGGCUCAAUUGCUUGCUUUCUACCGUUUGAAGGGUUACACUUGCUUGCCUGAGUUACAAUAUUGUGGAGUUUUGGAUAAUGGCACCAACGCAUUAAUUAAGGAUGCUGAUAAAAGUUUGAGUGAAAUUAAUAAGCAUGCAAGUCAAUCGAGUAAAAAAGAUGUUCAAACUGGUGUUGGAAAAAGGAAAACAUCAAACAGCUCCAGUCACAAAGGCAAGCAUAAUUUGAAAGAUGAUAUAUAUCAAGAAAAGAAGAAAAGAAGCUUGUCUGAAUCAGCAGGUGGGACUUCAGAUUCUACACACGGUGAUUAUCAGUCAGGUGAUGCCACUGAUAAUCUGAUUUAUCCUGCCUCUUCCAAGAAAAAGAAGACUAUUGAUCAUUGGGCCGGUAUUUCAGGGAUGAAAGACCGGAGAAAAACAAUUUCCCUUGCCAAAGUUUCUAAUUCCACAAAGCAAUCCUUUAAAAUUGGUGAACGUAUUCUAAAGGUUGCUAAUCAACUUACUGGACCACCCACUAUGUUGAAGUGUUCUGGAGACAGGUCUCAAAGGGAAGAUGGUUGCGCUGAAGGUUUUUUAAGAAAUGGGACUGAUGUCUUCUCUAAUUCUGAGAAGACUCAGAAGUCAAGCUUGAUUGUUCCAGUGGAAUAUUCAUCUCUAGAUGAUUUGCUACAUUUACUUCAGUGGGUGGCACAUGAACCCCUGGGAGAUUAUAGUUCCUUGAAUAUUAUAGUGAGCUUCUUCUCUGAUUUCAGGAAUUCAAUAAUUGUGGCCAAUGAUUCUGGAAAAGAAAUUUCGUCUGCAGAGAAAGCUGGUAGUAAAAGGAAGAAACAAGUGGGUGGAUCACGUGAAAGGACUGAGACGGGCAUCCAGAUUGGUUCUGAAAAACAGCAGUCACAGAAAAGCAGCAGAAGAGACUACCAACAUGCCCCCGCUGAGCCAGAAAAGCCUAUUAUAGUUUACACUCGUAGGUCCUACCCCAGGAAACAAUUGUCUGAAAAUAGUCAUCUUGAGGUUCCUGAAAAGCCUUCUGGUUGUGUAGAUGAGAAUUCCCCAGCUGAACUUAUUUUGAACUUUGCUAAGAUGGAUUAUGUUCUUUCAGAAAUGAAACUGAAUAAGAUUUUUAGGCAAUUUGGACCUCUAAAUGAAUCUGAGACAGAAAUUGACAGAGGGAGCAGCCAGGCUAGAGUGGUUUUUAAGAAGUGUGCCGAUGCAGAGAGUGCUUUCAGUAGUGCUGAAAAUUUCAACAUAUUUGGAUCAGUUCUUGUAAAUUACAAGCUUAACUAUACUCCAAGUACAUUAUUCAAACCUGCAUCUUUUACCACAACGGUGGACCAGGACCAGGACAUGCAUCUUGAUCUCUCCAAUUCUGAACAUAAUACAGUCUAAUUAUUUGGUCAUACAUAUUUUAGUACCACUAGAAUGUUUUUAAGGAAGCAUGUCAGCUGACAAAAACUACAGAACAGGGAAGAUAAAGAGGAGGAUGUUAUAAAACAUUCUGUUUUCAAUCAGGCGUUUCAAGCCUAAUGGAAAGGAAUUCGCACUUUUGAGGCAACAAUCUUGAGACCGCUGAAGAAAAAAUAUUCAAGAAAACAAGGGUAUUACUUGGGCAUGUUUUAUAAGUGAUUUUUAGCUAUUGUGAUACCAAUGCAUCCUCUGUCAGCUCUAUUUACUUGGAUAUAUCUGUGUCACUACAAAAUUAAAGUUUUAAGUCUGGGAGCAGUAGCAUAAAAAACGUUAGAUAGGUCAAUUUUCACAUUCAAUUGUAUAUUAGUUUAACAAUGUUGAUAAGUAAACAGUCCUGUUUCUGUAGUUGAAACGGGAAUCUGAUCCAUAUCUUCCUUGGUUUAGCUAGUUUGGGGCCUCAGUUUAAAUCUCACUGUAGACCAUAGAGUUGAAAAUACAUAUACUUUGGUUUUCCUAGAA